AUGCGCAUCGCCGGCAGCAUCGCCGUGGCCCUGGGCUUCCUGGGCGCGGCUACGGCUAGCUUGCAUCCUCGAUCCUCCGACACACGCGACUUCUUCGCCCUCCACCUCGACGACGCCACCUCCCCCUCCCACGUUGCACAACUCCUGGGCGCACGCCAUGAAGGACCGAUCGGCGAACUCGUUGGCCACCAUACAUUCUCCUUGCCACGGGACCAGAACCUUGAUUCUGUGUUGGCCGACUUGAAGCAGAAACGAAAGCUGAAGCAACGGUCGGAAAGCGAAUCUGCGAUCCACGAUGAUGCGCUAGACGGAAUUCUGUGGUCGCAUCGGCUCGAUGCUCCUAGACAACGGCUACAGAAGCGACUCCCUCCGCGCCCGGCAUCGGUGGACCUGACACCACGAGCCGACAAGAAGCCAGAUCAAGCCGCGGUUGCUGCCCAAAAGGAUCUCAUGUCCACCCUGGAUAUUCGCGAUCCAAUUUUCAAAGAGCAGUGGCAUCUUUUUAAUACUAUUCGUCCGGAGCAUUCUCUCAAUGUGACCGGACUGUGGCUGGAGGGGGUGACGGGCCAUGGGGCGAUCACGGCCAUCAUCGAUGACGGGCUGGACAUGGAGAGCAAGGAUCUCAGUCCCAACUACUACCCCGAGGGCUCGUGGGAUUAUAAUGCACAUUCCCCGGAGCCCCGUCCUCAACUCAGUGACGACAGACAUGGCACUAGAUGUGCGGGUGAGGUCGCGGCGUCGAAGAACGAUAUCUGUGGAGUUGGCGUUGCAUAUGACAGCAAAGUUGCGGGAAUUCGGAUCCUGUCUGCACCGAUCGAUGAUCAUGACGAAGCCGAGGCCCUCAACUAUGCCUUCCAACAUAAUGAUAUCUACUCUUGCUCAUGGGGACCGAUGGACGACGGCCGCACUAUGGAAGGCCCGGGCGUUCUGAUCCGCAGAGCGAUGGUCAACGGCGUGCAACAGGGUCGCCAGGGUAAAGGCUCGGUUUUCGUUUUUGCCGCCGGCAACGGUGCCCCUUACGGUGACAACUGCAAUUUCGACGGAUACACCAACAGCAUCUACAGUAUCACUGUAGGAGCCAUCGACUGGCAGGGGAAGCAUGGGAUUUACUCAGAGGCUUGCUCGGCUCAGCUGGUGGUCACCUACAGCACUGGUUCUGGCGAGGCCAUCCAUACUACCGAUGUUGGUGUUAAUCAGUGCAUUAGCUCGCACGGUGGAACAUCGGCAGCGGGACCCCUGGUCGCAGGAACGGCGGCGCUGGUUCUGAGUGUGCGGCCGGAGCUGACGUGGCGUGAUGUUCAGUACCUGUUCGUGGAGACCGCUGUGCCUGUCAACGAGAAGGAUGGCAGCUGGCAGACCACCCCGUCUGGACGCAAAUUCAGUCACCUCUGGGGGUUUGGGAAGGUUGAUGCGUAUGCGGUGGUUCAACGCGCCCGCGAGUGGGAGCUCGUGAAGCCACAGGCAUGGUUCAACUCGCCGUGGCAGCGGGUGCACCACGAAAUCCCUCAGGGCCAGAAGGGACUGAUCAGUCGGUAUACAGUGACGGAGGACCAGCUGAAGAAAGCCAACUUUGAGCGACUGGAGCAUGUUACUGUGACCAUGAAUGUCAAUCAUACUCGGCGCGGCGACCUCAGCGUCGAGCUGCGCAGCCCAGGGGGAGUUGUUAGCCAUCUCAGUGUUACUCGCGACCGAGACGAGGAGCCAGUCGGUUAUGUCGACUGGACGUUCAUGUCCGUUGCUCACUGGGGCGAGUCUGCCGUGGGCGUGUGGACCGUGAUCGUCAAGGACACCGAGGUCAACGAGUUCUCCGGUGUCUUCACUGACUGGCGGCUUAACCUUUGGGGCGAGGCCAUUGAUGGGAACAACCAGCCUCUGCACCCGCUCCCCACCGAACACGAUGACGACCAUCCCUACGAAGUGGCCCAUGUCGCCACGACUAGCAUCGAGCCAGGCCCAGUGCAGACUAACCCUCCUGCCGGCCCCGAAGACCACAUCGACCGGCCCGUGAAGAAGCCUCCACAGCCGAAACCAACAGACCCCAGCCCGGUUGAGGAUGUUGUCACGCCAAGCCCUGCGACCAACGCGACGGCUUCCCCGACUAGCACCGACGAAACCAAACUCUCCCCGUAUCUCCCAUCCUUCGGGGCCUCAAAGAUGACGCAAGUUUGGAUCUACGCGUCUCUGGGCAUGAUUAUUAUGUUCUGUAUUGGGCUGGGCAUUUAUUUCCAGAUUUCGCGACUCAAGCGCCGUCGUACCAACCCACACGACGACUACGAGUUUGAGAUGAUCGAAGAUGAAGAUGAGCUGCAGCCGAUGACUGGCGGCUCCCGGACGCGUCGCGGCGGCGAGCUGUACAAUGCGUUCGCUGGGGAAAGCGACGAGGAGGUGUUUAGUGAUGCCGACGACGAUGUGCCAUACCGCGACCGGUUAGCUAACGUCCAGGAAGAGGACGAAGACGCAGCCGAAAAAGCUUCGCCGGGUACUGGGUUGUUGUCGGAAAAGCGUUAG